UGAAAAGUUUUGUUGACACUUGACAGAUCGCCAAAGACAGGAAUUAUGGGAAAUUAUGAAAAGCUUUCGGAAAAAAUACUUGUUAUUAUUGCGUGCAGUUAAAGCAUACAUUAAUAUUAGCUAUUGUAGUGAUGAUAGUAUAGACAAAUUUAAGGCUUUUGAGAAGAUGUGAAACGGUUCUUAAUUUUUUUCCUUAAGAUAAGAAAAAUCUGAAAUAAAAUUAUGCGAACACUAGAUGUGAGAUGGAUGAGAUAAUCAUGAUGCUUUAAAUUAAAACAAUAUGGCAAGGGAUGGAGACGUCCCAACAAUCUUCAAUCCUAAAAGAGUGCGUGCACCGUCUGUAAUUAUUACAAGCGAAGAGGUGGUAGAGGCUGAUCGCAGUAUUGAUGUUGAAAGGGAGCGGCCGAAUGGGCCCCCAACACCUUUGAGUCCUCGAGCACCCUUGACGCCCCAAACAUCUGUUUCAUCAGCUCCACCUCUCACUACCCAACCUUCGUUGCAGCAAACCUUCAGUGAAUCAGCAGCCAGUAGUCAGGAUGAAGAAAGGCAGGUCAGAGAUAAAGGUUGCCCGCGCUCUUGCUGUUCGAAGAUCGCUAAAAAGAUCUAUUAUGGAGUCUGUGUCACAUUUGUUCUGGUGGCAUCCUGGGUGACUGUAACCCAUUGUAUCAAAUAUCUAUAUUUACAAGACUAUUCCCCUAUACAUAGUGCCGAUUUUUCCAUGUUCAAUAAUUAUACAUCAAGAUUUCGCACACAUCACUUAUAUAAUGCUCCAUUCUUUACGGCAUGGUUCUGCACCAACUGGUUGAUACUAUUCUAUCCAAUAUAUCUAAUUGUAAUGCUCAUACACAACAAGUGCAAAUCACCAAAUUCUAUAGCAUGCAACGCAUUUAAUGAUUUUAAAGAAAAGGGCUUCACUUUUGCCCGUUUCCUCAGUCGUUGCAGUCUGUUCUGUCUGCUAUGGGUGGUAACAAUAUACAUGUACACAUACUCUCUCAAGAUUCUGUUGUCCACGGAUGUGGUGGCUCUCUUUGCAACCAAUGUUUCCUGUAUCUAUCUUCUGUCCUGGGUCAUACUUCAUGAACAAUUUGUUGGAGUUCGGAUCGUAGCUGCGAUCCUCUGUGAUACAGGCAUCGCCCUCCUGGCCUACAUGGACGGUAUCACAGGCAACUCUACGCUGGGCGGAGUCGUACUAGCCGCCUGCGCAGCUGCAGGCUUCGCUAUAUUCAAGGUGCUGUUCAGAAAAGUGAUGGGUGAGGUGAACACAGGUCAACGAGCGUUGUUCUUUUCAAUCCUGGGUAUAGUGAAUGCCACAUUACUGUGGCCGGUGUGCCUGGCUCUUUACCUCACAGGCACAGAGCUUCUACCAGCCCAUCGGAUGCCCUGGAUGCACUUGCUGAUAGCCAGUGUCGCCUUACUGGUAUUCCACAUGGGAUUUCAAUUCGGCAACUUGGUGACGUAUAAUAUAUUCGUCUCGAUCGCACUCAUCACUGCUGUACCUGUAUCAGCUGCUCUGGACGUGGUGCUAUACGGCGUGUGCUUCGAAGGCAUGAAGCUGUCGGGAAUAAUACUGAUAACAGUGGGCUUCUCCUUGGUGAUGUUGCCCGAUAACUGGCCCGACUACAUCAUGAGGUUGCUCAGGGAACACUACGUAAUCAAAAAGGACAGACAACGCUCACAACACAAAAUGGACUACAUGGCUGAUUUGGUUUACGUGUCGACAGAUGGAGCCGUCGUCGUCAACGCGGCAAUGACGGUUCCGGUAGAAACCGAGACACUGUGGACUACCGCACCGGAUACAUACGCUCGCAUCUGAGGUCGCCGUCCGGGCGUGUCAGGUGACCGCCUACACGAUAUUAAAAACGCUAUACUGUUUGGUUGUACACUUGUUUCUUCUAUUUAUAGGUGAAUAUUUUUCAAUCAACUGACUGCGAACACAUUCUUAAUAUAGUUUGAUACUAAAAUCGUGACGUGCGUGUUUGAUUUGAAUUUUUUAUUCUUAUUUUUCUAAUAAUACAAUAAAAAGUAAUCAUUAUUAAAAUGCCUACUUUUCUCUAUUGUCGUAACAUAAAUCUAGCAUUUUUUGUCUAUGGUUAUAUUAAUAUUUUUUUGCCAAUAGUGCGGAACAUGACAAACCAUCAACUGUCAAAAAUUGCCGAUUUUAUGUUAUCUUUGUGUCAAAGUAUUUAUAGUAUUAUUCCUUCCAAGUAUUUAAAAUAUUAUUACAUAUCUGUAGAAGAAAUGAGUGUUCGAUCAAUAUAACCUGUUGGUUAAUGAAAACUGCCAAGCAAAAA